AUUAAAACUCCUCACCAACGCCACCAAAGACACACAGUCCCCAGAUGUACAACCUGUAGGGGUUGCAGCGCGGCGCCGGCGCGUCGGGUCGUGCCCAUCACGUUGUCUCCACUCCGUCGCCUCUCCUCUCCUCUCCGUCCCUGCGCCACGCGGGGGAGAUUAAAGCGAAGCGCCUCCCCGCUCACCUCUCCUCUCGUCGUGCGUUGGAUCAAAGUAUCAAACCAAUCUCCCCUCGCCGUCCGGCCGGCGUGCGCGCGGGGCCUCUUUUUUUGGAGCCUUGCGCCGCGGCCCGUUCCUCCUGUCCGAAAUAAUCCGCCUCGACGUGUUCGCCUCCCCCUCCCCCUCCCUCUCUCCCCUCCCCUCGCGACUCGUCUCGUGCGUGACUGCGUGCUCGCUCUCCUUUUCGCUGCGCUCAUCUCGGUAUCUGUGCCAGCGCUCGCCUCUCCCCGCCGGCCCGCCCUCCUUCCUUUCCUUGUCUAGCCGAAGGCCGAAGCCACUGCGCGCGCGUGCGUGCGACGAUGUCGUCGGCGGUGGAGGCCAUCUCCUGCCCCAAGGUCGACGUCCCCGCCGGCCCGGAGCCGGGGGAGCCGGCCAAGGAAGCGGCGCCGCCCGCGGAGCACUGCGACACGGCGCCCAACGGCAAGUGCGCGCCGCGUUGUCACGGGGAGGAGGAGGAGGAGGAGGAGGACGAGGAGGACGAGGAGAAGGCCCCCAAGGCCAUCGACCUCGGUCCCAUGGUCAGCAUCAAGGAGCAGCUCGAGAAGGACAAGGACGACGAGAGCCUGCGGCGAUGGAAGGAGCAGCUCCUCGGCGGCGUGGACUUGAACUCCGUGGGAGAUUUGCUGAUCAGGAGAAAAGUUCAACACUUGGUGAGGUGCACGUGCAAUACACAAACACCAAACAUACAUACUGAGACGCUGGAGCCGGACGUGAAGAUAAUGAGCCUGUCCAUCCUGUCGCCCGGGCGGCCCGACAUCGUGCUGCCGCUGCCGGUGGAGCCCAACGGCAAGGGCGUGUGGUUCACCCUCAAGGAAGGCUCCCCGUACCGGCUCAAGUUCACCUUCUCCGUCAGCAACAACAUCGUCUCCGGCCUCCGCUACACCAACACCGUCUGGAAGACGGGGCUCAAAGUUGACAGAGCCAAGGAGAUGCUCGGCACGUUCAGCCCCCAGCUGGAGCCCUACACGUACGUGACGCCGGAGGACACCACCCCGUCGGGAAUGUUUGCCCGGGGGUCCUACUCUGCCAGGACCAAGGUACGUACUUCCUCGACGACGACCGCAAGUGCUACCUGGAGAUCAACUACACCUUCGACAUCCGCCGGGAGUGGCCGUCGACGAGCUGACCAUCCUUCCCUCCCUCCAUCGGUGGCCUGAGCAGACCAGUCGUUUCGUUCUGUGUUCUUCCUUUUCUAUGUUGCCUCGUCCUGUCCUGUCACUAGGUUUUUUGUUUGUUCACCGUCAGCUUGUUCGCUGCGGCUUGCUGCGGCUGCAAUCCGGCUGCGGCUGCGGCUUCUACAGUAUUUUUCUCUCUAUGGAUUGCAGCUGCAGCAGUCCAAACAGCUGCAACAGUGUCGGCUUGUAGCCAGCCGAACACGCCCCGUGUUGCUGCGUGCGUGACGCACGGUGCGUCUAUGUGCCCUUUCCCAUGCGCCAGUUGUCUGCUGUGUUGACACCGUUACUAGACAGUGCAAAUGUCAGGUCGGUCUACCGGACUGUGCGUGCGUCAGCGUGUUCAACUUGUCGAUCAGGGUCUCGUUUUUUCCGAACCGCCUGUUGAGUUAAGACUUCAGAGCAAUGAAGCUGCGUUCUGCGUAGUAAUGCCA